AUGAGGACCUCCCUGCUGGCUCUGCUCCUGCUGGCGGCUGUGGGCUACACCUGCGGGUACAAGCCCGUCGUCCUGGUGCACGGUGCUUUCGGGGACAACAAAGGCUUAAAUAGGAUGAAGAGGUUCAUCAAGAGGGAGCAUCCGGGUACCAAGGUGGUGGUUCCCAAUCUCUUCAGCAACAGGGGCAGCAUGAUGCCCAUGUGGAGGCAAAUCCAAGGCUACGGGUUGGCCGUGAAAAAACUAGCGAAAAAGUUCCCCAACGGUUUCCAUCUGCUGUGCUUCUCACAAGGUGGUCUCGUCUGUCGAGGGGUUCUCUCCCUGUUACCGAAGCACAAAGUGCACAACUUCAUAGCGCUUGCAUCGCCGCUGGCCGGACAAUUCGGAGAGGCGUUUAACGUCCAGCGACUCUUUCCGAACAUUGAAGGAGACGCGUACAAGAUCUGCUACAACCCAGUCGGACAGCAGGUGUCCAUUUGCAACUACUGGAAGGACCCUCGGCACAUACGCAGGUACCUGAAGAAAAACACCUUUCUGCCCGUGCUGAACGGGGAAGUUAAUCACAAGAGAAAGAAAGCGUGGAAGAAAAACUUCCUGCGGAUCAAGAAGCUGGUGCUGAUUGGAGGACCAGCAGAUGAUGUCAUCACCCCCUGGCAGUCCAGCAUCUUUGGAUUUUAUGACAAGAACAAAAACGUUGUCCCGAUGAGGAAACAGAAGAUUUACAAGAAAGACACGUUUGGUCUGAAGACGCUGGACAAACGCGGCGACAUCGAGGAGUGCAUUUUACCCAAGGUGACUCACGGGGGGUGGAUCAACAGAAGGGUCCGGAGGAACAUCUCCGGUUGCCCGGAAGGGUCUGGAGAAACAUCUCUGGGUGCCCGGAAGGUCUUGAGGAACAUCUCCGAUUGA